AGGCAGCUGCUGCUUUACUUAGCUUCAGCUUUUUUAGCUUCUCCACGUGUACAAUUUAUCAUCCUGCUGAGCAGCGAAAACUCCUACGAACUUACCACGAGAAUGGCCGACCUCCCGCUCCGCAUCGGCUAUUCGCAGCCGCGAAACUUCGCGCAAUGCCAGCCGGUGUUACCGAGCAACGACCCAAGCGCCAGUUUGUACGAGCAGUCGGUGGAGAAUUUGGACGACUUCUAUCCAGGAAAAAACACCCAUCCCCAUCCACUUUUUGCAUGACAAAUAGUGGAUUUUAUGCAUGUUUUGCAUGACAAAUUGGAUGGGGGUGGGUGUUUUUUCCGGGAUAACUUCCGCACCGGUUUAGGCUCCAUGAUGUUCGCGUCGACGACGAUGACGAAGUCGAAUUUUCUAUCAAAAGAAAAAAGUUCGUCACGAUCACUCAUGGGCAUUUUUGCAAUACAAAAUUGUCUGUCAUGCGUAAAAAUGCAUCACAGACACAGCCACACUUCAUAAGGGAUUUCCCUAGUGUUUCUGCAAUACAAGCAGAAGUUGUGAUGCUAAAAAAAUUUGUAAUGCAAAGCCUGCAACUUAGUGACUGUGACAAACUUUAUUUUUCUCUCCAUAUUUUCUCGGCGCCGGUGCUGCUGGGAAUAAAAAGUCGAACUACAAAUCUUCCGGAGGAGGUGGACACAGCACCUCAUCCAGCACUACAGCGUCGAAAUCUUUACUGCAGCGACCAGCGACAGUAGACCACCAGGUGACAAGUGCCAGCGCAGCAAACAAUAAAAUCGACCUGGAGAGCGAGAUCUAUUCGCAACUUUUCGCGGAAACCGCAAGUGCAUUUAACUCAUCAAGGUCGAAUAAAAUGAGCAACAAGACUCGAGGAGGCGCAACAAGUAGUGUGAGGACCGCGUCAGAAACAGCUGCGACUAAGCGACCAUCCACUUCUGCCGCCGACGGGGCAACGGAAACCACAAAAGGGAAGAAAAAGGCCACCAUCAACGCCCCACUACCGGAGUCAACAUCGUCCUUGACAAAGGAUUUGAGUCCGAGUUUCAAAAACACCGAGCCGUUUCGCUGCGACGCGAGGAUCACCUCGAGAUCUACCUUCGACGAGUACUAUCCUGUGCAAAAGUAUCGCGCUCGUAGUAAAAUUGCAGUCCUGCAUUACAAAUUCUUUUCGUAAGGUAAAUCUGCACGACAGAUUUCACUUCUCAUGCUGUCUGAGGAAAUUUGUAAUGCAUUUAUACGAAUGCGAUACUUUUGCAAUGCAUAAGUACAUCAAACAAUCCAACGAGGCGAAAAGACUCGGGAUCUCCCGGAAGGAGGUCGAAAUCGAGCAGAAACUGCGGAAGAAACUGACUUACAUCCAGAAACAGCAACGGUUUGAUUCCUUAGUCAAGUCCGACGGGACCUUCAAAAGACAAGUUUGGGCGUCCAUGAUCAAGGAGGGGUUGAUCGGGUACAAUAAGACGAGUAAAAAGGCGCAGGCGGAAAUGGGGGCCAGAGACGCUCUAUGCAUUGCAAAAGUAUCGCACUCGUAUGAAUUGCAACUAUGCAUGACAAACUAGUAUGUUAAUACUUGAAUCAGCAUUACAAAUUCCAACUUGAACUUUCUUCUUGAGAAAAUUUAUCAUGCAAUUUAAUCGUAGUGCGAUACUUUUGCCAUGCAUACGCGCAGUCUUUCCUCCAAUUACUCGUCCGGCGAUUCGGCACCAUCAUGCGUGCGUGGCGGAACGGGUUAGAUUUGGACGGGAACGGGAGGAUUAGUUACUACGAGUUCUGCAAAGCGGCGAGGGCGAUCGGGUACGAGUCGAGUUUGCGGCAGCUGUGGAAUGAUUUGAAUGACAACGAUGAUAAAGCGUUCAUCACGCUAGACGAGCUAGACGUGGACACCUUCAACCGCAUCAACUACUUCAACGACAUUCUGACGAGGAACUUCAGUUCUUUGAAAGAGGCCUGGCUCUUCUUCGACAUUGACAAGCAGAACCAAAUUUACGAGAAACAGUUCCGAAUUGCGCUGGUAUCCACAGUAUAAUUCCCGUACACGUACAAGUGCUGUCUCUCUCUCUGCAUGGCAAAACUCGGCGUCGAUCGUAGUUUAGCAUGACAAGUCUCGUCGCACUCCCGAUUGGGGAAAUUUGUCAUGCGUCUUGUACAUCAGGUGCGGGAAAUUUGUAUUGCAUAGCUGGUGGACAAGUUGAAUUUCGACACGGCGAAGUACGUAUCAAAUGCAAAAAUGUCUGGGUCUGGCAGAAUGCAGAUUUUUGUCAUGCUGUUUUUGCAUGACACAAAAUGUCUGUCAUGGAAGCCCUAGCAUCACAGAUUUCGAGAAGCCUCCGCGUUGCUUAAUCCGCAUGACAAACGUCGCCCCAUUUCGGUGACAGGAAAUGGGCGGCUUUUGCUGUCUAUGCAUGAGAGAUUUGUCUGUGUUGUGUUAUUCGCAUCACAAGUUCGCACCCUUCCAGACCCAGACAUAUUUGCAAUGCAUAGUACGAUUUGAAGAAACUGUAUGAAGAUCUGGACUACGACGGCAACGGGUUUUUGACCUUGGAUGAUUGGCUGUUCCUGAAGAAAUGGGUGACCAGCAACGACUGCAAAAUGCUGGAGGAGUUCAGGAAGGUAUAGAUUCUUGUGUGUUUUGCGCAUAGCAAACCGCCUUUUCCAUGCACGGUUUUGCAUGACAAAUUCAAAAAAUCACACAACCCCAGGUCCUCCGCUCGAAAUAUUUCAAGCCGACCGACGCGUUCUACAAAGUUUUCGAUGUCAACAGGAACGGCUCCAUCGACCCAUUGGAGUUCGUUGAGGGGUGCAAUAAGUUGAAACUGGAGAAACACAUCACCGAGAUUGCCAUCAAUCCAAGACGCCUCUUCGAACUCCUAGACGCCGACGAGUCGGGGGAGAUUUCCGUUUCGGAGUUUAUCAAACUUUUCACGGCUACCGAAUCCUCGGAGAACAAAGUAACCGCGGUGGACGAGCACAACCCUCUGCCCGCGAUCCAGAAGGAGAUCCAGUCGAAAUUCGGGUGUAUUGUGGAUUUGGAGGAACUGCAACAACCAUUGAAAAAAUCCUACCAGUUGUACGACGCGGUAUUCCGCCGGUUGGAGGAAACGGAAAGAACAGAUUUGCACGAGCUCAUCAACUACCAGUGGACGGGGCCGGACGAGAGUUUGAUGAGCAGAAAAUCGAGGUCGAAUAAUUUGUUCGCAGCUGACGGAACAAAUAAGCCGACAGGAGAAAACAAAGAGCAUGUCAGGAAGAUCUACUCGGCUGACUCGAUCCAAGACAUCGCGGAUUUGGAUUUGUUACUGCAACAGGCGGAGCUGGCGCAGGCGUUUUUGAAACGGGCUUUGUUGAAGGAAGAAGUGCUGAAAGAGAAUGGGAUAAUGACAACAGUUAGUACAACGAGUGGAGCUGCAAGUAGAAGCAGCACUAAAACCUCCUCCAGUCCGGCCGACGACCCGUCAAAAAAUUUCGACGCGCAGGAGUUCAAGAAGAAAAUCGACCAGAUUUGGCCGUCAAAGACGACAACGAAGUCUUCUUCUCUGCUCAAGUAUGCACUGCAAAAGUAUCGUAAAAGGUACAAAUACAUAUACAAAUUUCCUCAGCAUGGGAGCUGCAUUUUGUCAUGCUGUUUUACCAUAAAAACAAGAGUUGUCAUGCAUAGUUGCAAUUAGUACGAGUGUGAUACUUGUUUUGCAAUGCAUAUCAAGCACCCUUUUCAAGAAGCGUUUGAUCCGGCGAUAAAGUCGAAGAAGCGGUGCAUCGAGAAAGCGAAUUACAAAUACGAAGCGACGUUAUCCACAGUAAAUUUCCCGUACUCGUACAAGUGUGGUUUCUGCAUGACAAAACUUGCGUGGCUACCGUUUUAAGGUUUAGAGAACGACAGGGACGCCCAGCCCUUAGCUUCCCAACAUGACAAAACUUGCACUCAAUCCUAGUCCAGCAUGACAAGUUGGGCUCUGCAAGGUAGCGAAAUUUGUCAUGCAUUUUGCACAUGUACAGGAAAUUUACAUUGCAUAGACGUAUGGGAAAGCGAAUAAGUUCAGGCGGAUUCGGGACGUCGCGAGGAUUUCCCUGCACUUCAACAAAUGUAGGGAAUUGUUGUCCGCGUUGAAGUAUGAAUUGCAAAAGUAUCGUACUAUUAUAAAUUGCAUUACAAAUCUCCUCAGCGUGAGAAAUAAAAUUUGUAAUGCGGUUUUAGCUAAGGAAGGCGAUUUGUCAUGCAUGUCUGCAAUUAGAACGAGUGCGAUGCUUUUGCAGUGCAUAUGAAGCAAUUAGACGAGUUCUACAACGUGAUCUCCAUCGACAACCGGAUGAAGUAUCCGACGGCGCUGGGGUGGAGAGACUUCGCCGCGUUAGUGAUGAUUGAAUUGCCGAGUGAAAACCAGAAGAGCCCCGAGAUGAAGAAACACGUCUGCGAGAUACAGUACAACUAAAGGGAUGUGUUGAUGUUUGCUGAUGUCGAACGCUUUUUGUGAUGCAACUUUUUGAGAAGAAAAUAAAAAUCUUGCCGUAUGUUCUUCAACUGGCUGCGCCAGAACCUGUGAUGCAAAAAAUCUUAUGAUCCAAAGAAACCGACUUAUCAGGCUCCAACUGACUCCCUUUAACGUCGCGCGGAAGCAGGCCCACCAAUACUACCGCACUUUGCGCGAGAAAAUCCCGUCAUUAGUCCAGUCGAAACAGGCCGACGCUUUGCAGGAGGCGAUUCUCGACAGUCUGCAAGCCGUGCGGAAAUCGGAAUUCUGUUCCCACGUGACCGUUAUGAAUUGCAAGAGCAUCGUACUAGUAGUAAUUGCAUUACAAAUUACCUCAGCAUGACAAAUGGAAUUUGUCACGCUGUUUUACCUUGGGAUGUAGAUUUGUAAUGCACAAUUGCAAUUACUACGAGUACGAUACUUUUGCACUGGAUGACCGUCGGCGUCGAUAUGGACCGUUCGAAAGUGUGGACCCAGCCCUGGUACCAAAACCCACUGGUGUUGGAGGGCAGGGUCGGAUCACGACGGGAAAAGAUGAAGAACCAGAAAGCGCUGCAAGACCCGGAAAAAAGCGCGAAUAACUCUCCGUUACUCAAAAACCAGUUCCCGAAGAGCAGACCGGAACUCCCGAUCGUUUCCAUGCGGACCGAUUGGAUGCGGGGAAACAUGCACGGAUCCUUUCCGCCGCCGGUACCAGAUCUACGGGAUAACCGGCCGUGGCUCCCGGCGGGCGGGUUGUUGAACGGGUUGUUUACCAAUUUGACCGCAAAUCACGAGAUGGAGGACUAUGUCACGGAGGGGGAACGGAACAAAAUGGUGGAGAAAUUGGGAAAUUCACCGCCGGGGAAUAAACUGUCUGGGGGGAAGAAGGGCGGAAAUGAAGUCCCCGUUGGCGAGGCGAAUUUUGAUGAAAGGGUGAAAAUGUUGGAAAAAUCUCGGAAGAAUCACGAGAAGAGAAAGCGGGAGUACUUGCAGAGUCGGUGAAGAUGGGGGUAAGAACAUUGAGGAGGGGGAUGGCGCCUAUCAUCUGGUGCUGUGGUGGAAGCACGUACUUCCUCUAACAGUAUCCUCUCGGUCUCGUGCUACUUCUAUCAAGAAUCACUUCCCAGCAGCAGAAUGGCUGUAGACUUUCAUGUACCUGCAGCUUGCUAAAAGACUUCCUUAUUUUGAUCUAGUACAGUACAACUUAGAGCGAAAGCGAAUUGAAGUCAUUGCCCGUGCUUAAUAUAUCAAGAUGUAUGAUGUUAAUCAGUUUCAAGACGAAGACAGAAAACAAGAUGUGGUCACGCUAGGACUCGUCAGGAAGAGCAGGAACAAAUUGGUUGGAUUGCACUUGCUAAUGUACUGCAUUGCUUGUAUAGAAGCUAGCGCCCGUAUCAACAAUUAAACACGAGCUAUAAUUCGGCAGGACAAGAGACAGGAUCAGAUGGAGCGUUGGUCGUGGAUGAAAGAUGCUUUUGUAAUGUCGUGUGAUGGUCGUGCCCCCCGUGUAGCAACUACCUAGGUGAGGAUGUGCGCGCUCAAGUUCAG